ACAUAUUGUCAUUGUCAUUUAUACUAUGAAGCAGUGUACAAAAUCGUGUAAUUUAUUAUGGAAUUUGCACAAAAUAUCUACAAUAUGGUUCUAAGUGCGUGCUAAAAUUUUUGAUAUUAUAUUACAAAAAUGGCUCGCCACAGGAAUGUGAGGAAUAGAAGUUACUCUGAUGAUUACGACUAUGAUGAUGUUUACGGUCAUUCAGUGGAAGAGGAUUCAUGUUUAUCUCCAAGCGACACCGCACAAUGGAUGUACGACCGCUCUCGCAACCAACAGGCAAUAGCCAACUUUAUAGAAACCCACGAUGAUAUUCAAGAAGAAGCAGAGGACGAAGUUCCUGACGCACAACACACGCACACUCUUGACCGCCGCGAUUCUAUCGACCUCCGCAGCCUCAACCUCAACGAAGAUGAUGAAGCAAAGUUAAUGUCUUGUUUAGAUGAACUACGGAAUGUUUUGGGCGAUACAAUAUCUGACAAUAUACUCAUACAAUCAGUGCUUAAUCAUAAUUUUGAUUUCAGCAAAACCUUAGAUGAAAUCUUAAAUAGGAAUGGUAAGAAAUCAGAAAAGACCAAAGUUGAGCAAAUAAAGCCACUACCAGUUGUUAUCGUUGAUCCUGUCAAAGCCCCUGUCAUAUCAACAAAAGAAACUACUCCUAAAGUUAUAGCAUCAAAAGUAGAACCUAGUAGUAGUGCAGUUAUCAAAGGAUUCAAAGUGGACUAUGGUGCCAGCUCCAGCAGUCGACCUCAAACUCCUCGAGACUGUUCUCCAGCAGAGAGGGCUCUGACACCAAAGCUUGAUCAGGAGGAAAUAAAGCCAGCCAAAGUGAAAGAGAACAAAAUAGAUCCCAAUGUACAGUAUUCAAAUGAAAGAGGCUUGGACAAGGAUCAUUUGUAUAUUGUUGUAAUAGGCCAUGUUGAUGCUGGAAAAUCUACCCUUAUGGGUCGUUUACUGUGUGAUCUUGGUGAGGUUAGUCAAAGGACAAUGCAUAAAUAUGAGCAAGAGAGUAAAAAAAUUGGAAAACAAAGUUUUAUGUAUGCUUGGGUUUUAGAUGAGACUGGAGAGGAGAGAGUCAGGGGGAUCACAAUGGAUGUUGGUCGUGCACAAUUUGACACAAAAACUAAAAAAGUGAUAAUUCUUGAUGCUCCUGGACAUGCUGAUUUUAUCCCAAACAUGAUAACUGGAGCAGGUCAAGCUGAUGUUGCUCUUCUGGUAGUUGAUGCUACCAGAGGAGAGUUUGAAUCAGGCUUUGAACUUGGUGGUCAGACUCGAGAGCAUGCUCUCCUAGUCAGAUCUCUAGGUGUCAAUCAGCUGGCUGUAGCUAUAAAUAAGUUGGACACCACAAGUUGGUCACAAGACAGAUUUAAUGAGAUCACUAAAAAACUAAAGCUGUUCUUGAAACAGGCUGGAUUCAAAGAUUCUGAUGUGACUUUUGUGCCUUGUUCAGGCUUGACUGGUGAGAAUCUGGUGAGAACACCAACAGAGCCAGAUUUACUAAAAUGGUACAAUGGACCCUGCCUUCUAGAAGUAAUUGAUAAGUUUAAUGUACCAGAAAGACCUGUCUCUAAACCUCUAAGGCUUUCUGUCAAUGAUGUGUUCAAGGGCACUGGCUCGGGUUUCUGUGUGGCUGGUCGAAUUGAAAAUGGAAUACUCAAUAAGGGUGACAAGAUUUUAGUGUGUCCCACAAAAGAGAUGGCAGAAGUUCGAAGCAUAGCCAUAAAUGACAUGCCAAAUAAUGUUGCCUUUGCUGGUGAUCAAGUCACUGUGACCCUGUCAGGUGUGGAUAUGCAGAAUGUGUCUGUGGGAUAUGUAUUAAGUGAUCCAGUACAACAGGUGCCAGUAACCACUCGCUUUGAAGCUAGGUUAGUUGUUUUUAAUGUUAAAGUACCUAUUACAAAAGGCUACCCAGUUCUGAUUCAUCAUCAAUCAUUAGUGGAGUCAGCAAAUAUAGUGAAACUUAAGGCUUUGUUAAAUAAGAGUACUGGAGAGUUGAUUAAAAAGAAACCUCGUUGCUUAGGUAAUAAUUCUGUUGCUGUUGUUGACAUUGAAGUGUGCCGACCAAUCUGUGUAGAGCGUUACAAAGAUGUUAAGGAGCUAGGACGCGUAAUGUUGCGUGUAUCUGGUGUUACUAUAGCUGCUGGUUUAGUCACUGACAUAUUAAAUAUUUGAUUGUUCUGAUGGAUAUUCUUGUAAUAAACAUGUAAUUUUGAAAUCUCAGAUAACCACUGGCUGUAAUUUAAUGUGAUGGUUGCAGACACAGAAAAAAAAAUGUGUAGCUAAUUGUGGAAUUACAGCGUCGCUCUCAGAACGCGAUUGUAACAUAACAUAAGCGUAGUUACUUUAAAAAUAGCUUUACUCUAUUUUUGUAUGAUUUAAUGUUCUUAGGCGAUUUGACAUAUCACAACCGCAUUCUGAGCGCGUCGCAACUUGAGAUAAUAUGUAAGGUAAUUAAUAUUCACUUCAAUAGCCUAGAUAUUUUUAAUACACAGCGCUUAUUACAUGUACAAUAAAUGUAUCGUGCUAUAUAACAAUUGGUUACAAUUUAUCAAUGAUUUAUUAUUUAUAAUGCUAAUUAAAGUUGUUGUCAUGGUUAAUAUUGUUUUUUAUUAAAAAAAAAUCAUUAAAACUUAACAAAAAA